AUGGCGGCCACCUCGUCCCCCUCUCGGUCCGACGGCCUGGGCAUGUUUCCAAACAUGACCACCGCCGCGACUCCAGACAGAUCGCCCAUGUACAACCACUUUGCUCCUGCCACUCCUCCUCGUGCAUCUCCUCUCCGAUCAUCCCAUCCUCAGCCGGGCCCCUCUCCCAGCCCGCGCCACUACCCAUCCCCCCAGCGCUCCUCCAGGCCCCCCAACCCCGGCUCAUCAUACGCCCCCGGCUCGCCGACUCGUUUGCCGUUGUACCAAACAAACCCAAACACCCCGCCGCAAAAGUAUCGGGUCACCAACCCCGACCCUCCUUCUCCUUUGCUCUCCGACUCGCAAUCGCCCAUGCAGCAGGCGCAAGCGAGUCGAGCUCAGUCGCCCCAUCGACAGCAACUACCCCGAGCUCAGAGCCCAGCACAGCAACAGCAACAGCAGUACCGACUGCAGCAGCAGCAACAACAACAACAACAACAACAACAACAACAACGGCAGGGCCAUUUGAUGAGCCUCAUGCCUCCUCCACCGCAGCCCUCGUUCGCGCCGGCGGCGUCCUCGCCUCUGAAGCCGCAUAACGGCAACAACCGAGAUGCGACGUCUGACGAGAUGUACGCCGACGCCUCCGAGUCCGAUGAGAAGCGCAGCAAGUCUAGUCACGGUAGCAACAACAGCGGACGCGGAGUCCGGAUGUCUAAGAGUACCGAGUUCCUCCGCAAUCUCGCCGGCAAGGGCAAGGGUCAUGCGUACACGGAACUGAACGGCGAGGACGACGACGAGGAGCUCCUACGACAGCCCGAGCCUGCCCAGCAAAAGCGACACUCGCUUGCCAGCCUCGAUCUCCGCCGAGGCUCGCCCGGCCCCGAGGCGCCAAACACGGCGCAGAGCAACUGGACUGGUAGCAAGGAGGCUCUUGCUCGUGGCUUUCCCCAGCCGCCUCAUCCCGGCAGUGAGAAUCCCUACCUCAGCGACCACGCCUUCAGCAGCCAGGACUCAUUCACGACAGCCCAAGGCUCUGGCGGUGCGACCUCGCCGAUCCCUCCCGUUGUUCGAGGCAAGCCAUGGCCGGCUCAUGCUUCCCCGCAGACCGCUGGUGGCCCUCAGGUGGCAGACCCGCUCGUCCCCGUCGACGGUCCGCACUCGCGCAGCGAUCUCUUUGCGGCCGAGACUGGCGGCAUGCUGAUGUUUGACGGCGAGAACUUCCAACGGGGUCGCGGACCGUCUGCUGCCUCGAACCAGCACACCCAAGCUCCUGCCAGCGACUCCCACUCCUCCGACCACCCGUCUUCCAAUGGCUCCUCGAGCCGUCUCGACUUCACCAAGCCCCGUGCGGCGCCGAUGCCGGACUGGAACGAGCCCGCACCGCCAAUGUCCUGGGUUGCGCCGGCCGACUGGACAAGCGAGUGGAGCCAGGCGCGGAACGAGGGACAGUCUAGGAGACCUACCCGUCACGCGCGCAGCUACUCGGACGGCAUGCAGCUGCUGAACCGCCAGGGCACACUGCUGCACCCCGACUCGAGCGGCGAGCGUCUGUCCGAGGAGCUCGGCCUCAUGCUCGGCAAGCCGCGCAACCGCCGACUUUCUACUGGUCGCCUCCUUCCUCCGCCAGACACCUCCAAGCUUAAGAAGCCGGAACCAGUGCGCCUGGAAGCCAGCAAGAAGCGCCGCGCCCGCGUUGAGCUCGAUGUUGUGCUCGAGCGUGAGUGCGCGAUCGAGGGAGGUGACUUGCGUGGCCGCCUCGAGGUUGUCGUUCACGGCGGCAAGCGCAGCAAUGCGCUCCGUGUCGGGCACGGCAAGGUGCGCGUGAUCGGAUUUGAGGAGGUCGACGGUCGCCGCCACAUCUUCUACCAGCACCAGUACCCACUUCCCGUUUUCCAGCACUGGGCGAAUGGACCGCGGACGACACUCUUCGCGGACCCGCCAGACGGCGAGGGCUUCUGCGCCGCCAAGGAGGGCACUCACGCGAUCCCGUUCUCCAUUCCACUCCCCGUCGGUGAGGGCGCCAAGGGCACGUACACUAGCCACGACCCCAAGGGCCCGAACAUCCGUUACGUCGUCGUCGGAAGCGUCAAGAUCUUCGUGCCGAAGAAGGACAAGCGCGCCAUCGCCCACUUCUACCGCCCCUGCGUCAUUCUUCCUUACCUCAACCCUGCUAUUGUGCUCGCCCCCGCCCGCGCGCCGAUUAUGACGCAGCGUACCUGUGGCCUUGGCUGGAACCUGACUGGCGAGAAAGGCAAGGUGCUCAUGCAGGUUGCGCUUGGACGACGGAUCUGGGUCGCUGGUCAGCGAGUCUGGUGCGAGGUCGCGGUCAAGAACGACAGCAACAAGAAGAUCACCAAGUGCUCGCUCGCCGUCAUCCAGACCGUCAACACCUAUCUCCCGAAGAAGGGCAAGCAGGCCAUGUCGCGUGAGCCGACGACGAGUCACCGCAAGAAGGUCGCCGAGGAGACGGUCGAGGCGGACUUUAUGGACCUCGGCAGCGGGCAUGUGACGGGCAAGGGAUGGUGGACUGGCCUCGAGCCCGGAGAGGGCAACCGCUGGGAUCUCUCGUGUCCCAUUCCGAGUGGCAUGCUCUCGAUCCCGCGGUCUCGCUACGUCGAAGUCCUCUUUACUCUCCGCGUUACGCUCAACAACUCGGUUUUCGUCGACAUGCCCAUCGAAGCUAUCAACUUCCUCUCGAUCGACCCCCCGCCGAUGCCAGGUGACACAAGGCGCAUCGGUGGACGCCUCCCAGUUGUCUCUCCGAUUGGCCCGGCAUCGAUUGCCGCGGGUGCAGGGAUGGCUGGCAUCGGCGCUGGCGUUUCUGGAGUUAGUGCGCUGGAGACGAGCGGCGAGGGCUCGACGCUCACCCAGAUGGCCAACGGUAACCUGGGCACGGUCUCGAGCAAUGGCGGCGGUUACGACCUCGACCAACUGCGUGGCCGCAAUGCCACUCCCGAUGCCGACCGACUCUCCAACGCUAACCCGUCCUCGACGACGCUGCAUAUCGACACGAUCAAGCAGAACGCGCGAUUGAGUCAGCAGGGUGCGGCGGCAUCGCAGCCAUCGACCACUCAGCCCAUCGGCGAGGUCACUGAGGUCACUGAGGACCUCGCACCUCGACCCGGCUCGCCGGACUCGCAGUACUCGACUCGCGGCGGUACCAUGGCGUCCAAGUACUCUGUCCAGAGCAUCGACGAGGACGAGCGCAACCUCCUCGCGUCGGAGCAGGCGCGUCGCGAGGGCCGCCACAGUAUCGCGCAAACCCUCCAGAUCCAGCAGCUCCAGGAGGAGAAGGAGAAGCUUCAGCGCGAGCUCGACGCACUAAACGAGCGCCACGCUGCCUCCAAGGGACUUCCCGCCGGAGCUGCUGCUGCCGGUGCUGUUGUCGGCGGCAUCGCCGGGGCCAUGGCUGGUAAGGGAUCGGACGCCCCGGCCGUGGAGGUUACGCCCGACGAGUCGGACCUGCCCACGCCGACCGCUUCUCCCCAGCGCGGCAUGCUUGCCGUUCCUGACGACAAAGACGAUCUCGAGUCGGUCGUCUCUGGCACCUUCGCCCCAGCCCACGAGCCUAAGGAGGUUUCGUACCAGAUGGGCAGUGACGAGGACGACUUCACCGACGCCGACGAGACACCGCAUGGCUCGCCGAACCACAGCCCGACGCAAGGUUCUCUGGACACCACGCUGCCACCGCUGCAACUCGCUCCUCGUCCGCUCUACCUCUCGCACAUCAGCGAGGAGGAGGAGCCGCUGGACGACGAGACGCUCUCGGAGCUCAUGUCCGAGGACGCCCAACAUGCGCGCCACAUCGACUUUGGCGACGACGACGAUGAUCUUCUCGCUGAGCCCGUCAGUGGAUUCCUCGAGUCCACGCCGCGCAGGAGUCUCGAGGACCGCCUGCGUUCCGCAUGCUCGCCUCACGGCGAGCCCGCCUCGCCCACGACUCCUCGCGCCAGCAGCUCGCACAGCGAGUCGCAGGAGCACUCGGCGUCAAGCAUCGGCACCGGCCUCGCGAACCUGGACCUGCGCGCUGGAUCCCCCGGCGCAAGGGACACGUUUGGUCCGCCCUCGUCUGGCCACAGAUCCACUUCGAGCGUCGACUACACCGAGCCGAUCGACGUCGAGGACAUUAGCAUGACGGACAUGGAGGAGGAGGGCUAUGACGCCGACGCGGUGAGCUCGGAAGCGCACGGUAGUGUGUACGCGACCUCGCCCAUGGCAGCCGCCUUCCAGAAGCACCAGCAGUCCCAGUCGCUUCCUGGAAGCUGGGAGCCCGGAAGUCCCUGGGGUGCGCGCCGUGGUAGCCGCCCGCCGGCCCUGCCUUCCCUCCAGUCUGCGCGUGACAUCACCUGGGGCGGCGUUCUGACUGGCCGCACCGUAUCCGGCCGCUCGCUCAAGGUCCCCUUCGAAGAGGAGCCACCCCUCGCGUCGCCCAGCAGCGGCACCUUUGGCACGAUCUCGACUGGCUCGGCGUCAAAUAGCAACGGCACGCCCAGCACGACCAGGUCGGCGCACUACGAGCACAGCGGGCUCGUGCACGACCACGAGAGCCGGAACCUCGCGGCGCUCGCAGAGGGACGCGACGAGUUCGCCCCGCCUCGCUUCGCGCGCACGGACUCGGCAGCCGAUUCGGCGAAACAGAGCUUCCACACGGCGGGAAGCUCGCCUCGUUCCGGCGGCUCGGGAUCUGGCGGCGAGCAGGAGCAGGCUCGCAUGCCGACUCUCGCGCCCAGCACGGGAUCGUCCUCAGGCAGCGACGGCGAGUCGAUCCCCUCUCCCCGACAGCCUGAAGGCCCCGGCCCGGACUCUGUCUUCGCGGUGGUCAAGGACAGCGACACUGCGUCAAUCCCGGACCGCUUCAAGCCCAAGCCCCGCGUCGUUAGCGGCGACAGCAUGGAGAGCCACAUGAGCUCGGUCUCGGGCGUCAGCGGCAUGUCCGACAUGCUCCCCAGUGUUCGGGCCCGAAUUGCUGCUCUGGAGACCAGGGACACGGCGCUCAGGUCCUUUGGCCCGCAGAGUGCUGCGUCUUCGACGAGAGUGAUCACGCCGCAGUCUACGGGACUCCGGCCGACGCACACGGGCACGUCUUUUGCUAGUGCUGGCUCCGGUCUCCGCGCAGCCUCGCCCGGUCUCAGGGGAUCCAGACCCUCGACGCCGAGCGAGUUGCACCUCCGCCCCAUCUCGCCUGCCCUUACGGGGGGUAGUGUGAGCUCGAACGCGAGUGGCAGGAGCAAGCGCAAGAGCUACACUUCCACCCUCGCCCCGCGCGCCGGCGACUCGGGUUCCAGCCAGUACAGCAUGACGCCCAACCCGAGCCAGGGCGGGCACCUCGCUGUUCCUGGGUCGCAGGCCGAGGAGUAUUCCGAGACCGAACCCGAGUCGGACGCAGAGCUUCCGCGCCCCCGAUCCCUGGCCGAGAUCGACGACGAGACUCCCCGCGCCACCCACCAGACCACCUUCACGCAGAUGAGUGUGCCGGAGUCCGAGUCGGACCAGCGCGCAAGCGUCCUGACCACGGGCACUGGGUCCAGCUCUUCGACUCUGCGCGCUGGCGGUAUCCCUCCUGCCCCCGUUCGCACGAGCACGCUCUCGGCCCCGAGUGCAGUUGAGGCGCCGGCGCCAUCCAAGUCGCCCGUGCCCCGCGGUCCCCGGCCGCCCCUCCGCACCCAGACGAGCAAGCCGAACAUUGCCCAGCCGCAGACACCCACACACGUGCCGUCAGCGAGUAUUCCCUCGGGAAUGUGGCUGAGCGGCAGUCCUCCCGCCGCCGCUGAGGAGGACGACGACUCGCACUCCUCGCGCCGGUAUUCUGAGAUCCACACUGUGCACACCUUCUCGACGGAGGCGACGACUCCCCGCUGGAGUGGCAGCACCCGCUCCUCGCCUUCGAAGAAGAGCGACGGAUCGCCGACCAAGCCCUCUGGCGCUUUUGCCAAGCUGACCGGCCGCUCACCCCGGGGCACACCUAAGCGCGACCUGUCCCCCGAGCCGCUUGAGGGCUUUGCGCGCGGUGCCCAGGGCGCCUACGCCAUUAACACAGCGCGCGGGUCGAGGGCCUCCCUCGCGGCUCCGGCCGACGACCACAGUGGGCGCAACAGCGGACGCAACUCGCCCUCGGGCAGUCCCCUCGCGUCUCCCCGUAUCGGCGCCCUGGGCACAGUCGGCGAGCACAGGCGUAACAGUCUGCAGCAGUUCAUCCGCCCCGGCCCUAGCUCCACAGGUCACGGGGUCUCCUACGCCGAGUCGCCAGGCUACGUCGCCGAGGCGCGCUCGCCUCUCAUGGUGCGCUCCGCGACCGCCAGCAUGGAAGGUAACAUCGAGACGAUGAGCGAUGACGAGGAGGAGGUCGGGCGCGAGUUGAGGUCUGCGGGCCAGCGCCAGCUGCACCUGCAGAUCCCCGCGCAGACUCUGCCGCAACCCGAGCCCGUCCCCUCGCCAGCAGAUGGCCAGCCGCAGCAACUCCUCUACGAUCCGCAGACAGAAUCGUACGUUCCCGCCCCGGCACCUUCCGAGUACGCCGCGCCGCGCAGCCCCCGUUCCGCCGCGUCGCAUGCUCCUUCCUCGCCCAGGGCGCCGCCCUCGCCCCGCAGCGCAGGACACAGCAGCAGCGGACACCUCCAGGCCCCACUGCGGUACGGUGGCGCAUACCAGCCCGGCAGUCCCAAGUCGCCGACGAGGAGUCUGGGCCGUCUCUCUCCCGUCAGUACGGGGAACACGUCCGAGGUGUCGAGCGACUGGAGCACGGGGUAUGGGAAUGUCGCGGGACGGCUGCCGAGGCGCGUUUAG